AUGCUUGAGAAACUUUUACCACGUCAUUUACAGCUGAUUCAACAAAUUAAUGCGCAUCAUUUAGACCUUGCACAACAAAAAUGGCCUGAUGAUGGGGACCAUCGUAGACGAAUGUCGAUUAUUGAAGAUCAAGUUGUCAAUAUGGGCUACUUGUCUAUUGUGGAUUCACAUGCUGUCAAUGGUAUUGCUGAACUUCAUAGUAGUUUAUUAAAAUCUACAUUAUUUAAAGACUUUUAUGGACUCAGUCCUGAAAAAUUUCAAAAUAAAACAAAUGGUAAAACACCGCGCCGUUGGUUACUUUUAUGCAAUCCUGAGUUAUCUGAUCUAAUUGCAAGUAAAAUUGGUGAAAAAUGGAUAACAGAUCUAUCUCAAUGGCGUAAUUUUGUUAAUGAUGAACAGUUUGUUCGAGAUGUUCAACGCAUUAAACUUGGAAAUCAGCAAAGUUUACUUACCAAGUUUACAGAAGAAUAUGAUAAUACAAAUAUAAAAACUGUUCCACGUACAGUUAUUUUUGGUGGAAAGGCUGCACCUGACUAUUUACAAGCAAAACUAAUUAUAAAAUUGAUCUGUAAUGUUGGACGUAUAGUUAAUCAUGAUUCACAAAUUGGUGAUCGAAUUAAAGUUAUUCUUCUGGAAAAUUAUCGUGUCAGUCUAGGUAUGGAUAAAAUAAAAUAUGAAUAA